CACUCUCACCAUCCCGGAGACCCGAGACCGGUGCUUCUGUGACACGAACUGAAAAGUUAUUUAAACUUGUAUUUAAUGUGAUUACAGAUCUUGUAUUUUAAACUGUUUAGUACUUGAAACCAUAUGCAAUAGGUUAUUGUAUUUCUAGCCGCUAUUUAAUGUGUGAGGAAGGUAAAAUGGCGACUGUAGACGUGGUGUAUGAGAAGAUUCACCACAGACACGAUCCGCGGUGGUGCGCGGGAACAGGACAUGAUGUCGGAGCGGGCGCGAGCCUCAGGGUGUGUGUCGCGUGCGUCAUCGAGCUGAUGGACAGCCAGGACGUGUCGGUCGUGCGUAAGUCAGUGGCUCUGACUGGUGUAGGAGAGAUGCUGAAGACUGAAGGAGUGAUGAGGGAAAUCCUGCAGCAGGAUGACCGAGUGUGUGUGCAUUUCACCUCCUCAUUACUCAAGCUGCUGCAGUGUGUGGAAGAUCCCUCUGUUCUGGAUAAAGUCAUGCAGGUGCUGGUUCAGCUGCUGUUGGAUCUGAAGACAGAGCAGUUAGUGCAACAUGUGAUGGAUCAGCUCCAAACACAGCUGUGUGAGGUGAAGUGGUUCCUGGUGUGUGUAACGUUUCUGGGUAAAUUGCUGGAUGCUUUUCCUGCAGUAGCCCACAUGCUGUCCACCUCACACUUGUGUGUGUUGGAGAGUAUGUGUGUGUGGAUGGUGAGUGCAGAUGAGGAGCUGAAGGCGGAGGUGUGUUACGUGUUCCGUGGUGUGUGGGAGUCGGAGGCGGCGCUUCGUUCUCUCCCGCAUGCACUCAGGGAAAGAGUGUGUGUGUUACUGCUACACACACUCACAGACGCCUGCUCACACCAACUCAUCAUCAACUGCCUCGGGCUGCUGUUACUGAUGCUGCGCUCAGGAGAGACGGUGUGUUUUCUGAUGAAUCGGGGAGAAGAGACACAGCAUCCAGAGCUCCAGCACUGUUCACUACCUCUCAUAUUAAAGAGGUUGUUGUUGAGUAGUGAUGAGUCUGUGCAGGUGUGCAGUGUGCAGUGUGUGUGUGCUGUACUGAAUCACUCCACUCAGUACUGCACCUCCUUCAUACACAACGACAUACCAGAGUUCCUGUUUGAGCGUUUGAGCUGCAGUAAUGACGUGCUCCUGUGGUGUGUGUACAGCUGUGUGUUGCUGCUGUGUGAAGACCCGGUGUUUUUCUCUCAGUGCCACUCUGUGUACGGUGUUGAGUCAGUGGUGCGCAGUUUGAAGGCGUCACUGAAGAUGUCUAACUUUGAAGUACCGAAACGAGGACUACAGCUGCUUACAGCUGUACUGGAGAAGCAGCCGGCAGGUGUGCGUCUGUUCCCGAUUGGUCCAGCGUUUGUGGGUGUGGCUGAAGUGGUGAUAGGGGGUGUGGCUUCCCCCUGUCUCAGAGUAGCAACCCAGGCAGCACGAGCAGCUUCUGCACUGAUGAAGAUGCAUCACCAGUCCACUCCAGUGCAUUAUGGAGAGUUAAAAAAGAUUGUGGAGGCCUUGUCAUUCAAAUUCACAGAGUUACCCUCACGACCCAUCUCACAACGCAGAAGGUGUUUUGCAGAUUCUGAGUCCAGUUCUCAGUCCACCAAAGCAGGAGCAUUUUUAAUGCAGGCACUGGUCUGCUUUCAUGAAGCCUGCAGACUGGUGGAGGAGUGUGUGUGUGAGGCCACUGUGGAGGACGGUCCUUUGACAGCAGCAGCCCAUCAGAAUGAGGACACACUGGAGUGUGUGUGUGUGUGUUUGCUGAAAUGCUGUGAUACAGCGUACAUUCCCACAGUUACAAGAGUGUGUGAGCGCACCCCCAGUCCUCGUGUUCUGCAGCCUUUCCUCUCCAUUCUCUCUAUGCAGUUCUCUAUCUCGCCCUCACUCAUGCCUGCCUUCGCCAACAAGCUUGCCUCCUCGGGUUUCAUCAGGCUGACUGUAGAAAACAAGGUUCUUCUGUGUUCAGGAAACAGACACACAUCUCUAAACCUCGCCUGCUGUGGAUUUCUUCUGAAACUCUGUAUGUGUUUACUGUCUCAGCCUGAUCCGGAGACCCACAGCCAGCACCUAGGUGUUGAGGAGGUGGAGUGUGUGUUGCGUGAGUGUUUGCCAUCUCUGUACUAUCAGGUGUGUGAUUGGCCAUCGGUGCUGGGCGGGGUUGCAGUAGCUAGUCGGAACACACAGUACUGCUUACUGCACCUGCUGUAUCUCUCGCUGAUCCAUGGGGACAGGUUGCUUCCUGAUGCUACAGUGUUGUCCAGUGUGUUAGAGUUUAAUAGUGCAGUAGUGGAACAGUGUGCUGCUCUUCCUCCAUCAGUACUGCAGUCAGUUCUGUAUCUCGUAUCAGAAACACAGGAGAGCAGCUCGGAUCUAGACUGGCCUGCUCUGAAGAGCAUCAGUAAGGUUCUGUCGUCCGCACUCCCAUCCUCUUCUCCUCUGUCCUUCCCUCGCCCCUCACUCCUGCGCUUCAUCUUCCGUUACCCCGAGCUGGCCGAGCGCUUUGGGACCGCGGUUCUGACCGGGUGGCUGAAAAGAGGGAAGGAACUGGGUGGAAAAGAUGUGGAUCUGGAGCAGACCGUUCUGAUGGAGCUGCUGGAGAAGAACCCUUCUGUUCUGUUACCAAUGCUGGGUGUAGUGUUUGAGGAGGAGGAGGAGGAAGUAGCGGAGCGUGCAGUGAGUGUGAUUAAGAGUUUCCUGACAGUUCAGCAGAAUUGUAGCUCAGUUUCUCCCGCACUACUCAAACCAUCACUACUGCAGCUACUGCCCCAACUCAACUGGGAGAGCAGCACAGUAGUCCAUGGUGUGUGUCUGAUGUUGGAGGUGCUGUGUGUGGUACAGAAUAAUUCUACACUGCACACUGAUAUGGACCACACUGACUUCAAACUGCUCUAUCACAUCAGUAAUCUUGUUGGAAAGAUGAAGUGCAGUAACACAGAAUAUCUGCUCCCGGCCUUAAACUACCUUUACUGCUGUGUGGCUCUGUCCCCUACACACACUGCUGACCGAGUUGUAUCCAUGUUGCUGUGUAACACAGGACUGAUGGAGUUAUUACAGACUCUGCUGGAUCUUUCUCAAUCCUCCUCAUCAUCUUCAUCACCUGUCAUCUGCUGUUCUCUUCUCCUGCUCAGCUGCCUCGUUACUCUGCAGCACACACACUCUGCUCAGGUCCAUAAGAGUGUGUGUUUAGAGUUAGAGAGCGUUGUGAGAACCCUCAUGUUCUGGAAGAGACAUACUGACAGCCUGCUGCUGGUGUGUACAGUGCGUCUGCUGCAGGCGGUGUUGGACGUGGACCUGUGCUCUCCUGUAGUGCGUGUGUCAGAGUGUGUGGAGCUUCAUCCUCUCAGCUACAGAGGAGCAAUCAGCUUCACCACAGCCCUGCAAAGCCUACUGCUGCAGAAGCAGGAGAUGCUCCUCAGUGUGUCUGUGAACUGUCUGAACUCACUCAUACGCUUCCUGAGCAGAGGCAGACCAGCUAUAGUUCAGCAUGUGGUGUGUCAGCCCUGGAAUGGUUUCUUGCUGUACUCUCUGCUAAAUUCAGGAGAAUAUCUUACACUGCACCCAGCAACACUCAGCUUACUGACUCUGCUGGUCCGUUGGUCUGGAAACAGAGUGCAGUGGGAGUCAAACAUUGUGUGUGUGUGUGAAACUGCUGAGAAAACAGGACUGAAAGAGUUGAGUGGAAACACCAUACACACUCUUAAGUGUCUGCUGAUUGAGUGCAGUGAGUGUUCUCUGAGUGAAGAUGUGAAACUGAGAGUGGAGAGCCUGUUAGAGUCCCUCCACCAUCUGCGUCCUUCAGAGACCAGCACUGGCUCUUUACUUCGAGUGGGACGUUUAUCCAUCUGCCUUGCUGACUUCACUGUGAAUCACUAGCUUUAACACACACACACACACACACACACACACACACACACACACACACACACACACAGAGGCACUCAGACUGUGUGUAAAGUAAUGAAGGAGUUUACUGGAUUUAACAGUCUUCAUUCACACUUGUUCUUUAUAAAUGUUACUGUGUUUGUUCUGUUCCUGUACAAAUUCUUCUUCAUUGUCACUUUCAUAAACAUCACACACUCCUCCACAGACACACACACACCUGACUGUAUUACACACACCUCAGUGGUGCAUUGUUAUUGUUCUGAUAGUGUAUUUCAUUAUUAUUAGGAGUUAAGAGUUCAGUAAAUUGUGGAGAGGUCAGGUAAUAAUUAUAACGUAAACAUGUUAUACACACACACACACACACACACACACACACACACACAAUAGCUGAAUGUUCUAAAACAUGAAUAAA